AUGACCAACAAGGCGUCUAACAUGUCGAGCCAUACCGCGUUUGUCCGGCCGGUUCAUCCAAAAGGUAGGCUCAAGCACCACGGCCAUGCUACCUUAAUUUUUAUUCUUCCCCCUUCAGUCCCCUGUCACCUUAUUUUUUGUGGUAUAUUUUCUUUGCAGGUCACGAUCUUGGUCGAAUAA